UGUGUGCUUCACUGGGCUGGCGACGUAGGGUACGAAUUGUGAAGCAAGGUAGGAACUCAGAAGGCCCCCAAAGCUUGAAGGCGGUGACCGCGGUGACUCAGUCCACAGCUGAGGGUUGUGGUGGCCUACUGGUCUCAGUUUCAACGGUUCUUGCUCCGCCCGUCCACACAGACAUACACAAUACAAAUGAAGUCCGGGUCGGCCGGCAAGUCUUCCAUAGGAUAAUCAGCGAUAGGUCGCAUGGACAACCGCACCAGGAUACCACGAGGGAGACAAGUCCGAUUGAACGGCCGUUCUUGUUCUUGUUGGUUAUCUAGGGGCUGGGCAAGGCUGGGCUGAUCGCUAUCCACUACUCACUCGAGACUGGCUGGCCUUCAUUGGAUUUGGACGGGUGCUUGGGCUUCCUUGAAUGACAUCCACGGAAUCUUAUGCCAUGCCCGUGGAUCCGAAAUCCCAGCCCAAGUCCGGUGACGGACCCAAUCCCGUGGGCGUGCAUAAGAAAUUGGCGGAGAUUGUGCAGCGAGCCGGGGAAUUCCAGGACCAAAUCCAGAUCGCACUGACCCAAGCCCAAAAGCCCAAGGUCCGUGAUCAAGGGCUCGAAUUGGACCUCGAGGCUGAGAACUCGUCCAACCCGUUGGAUCUGAAGGGAUCCGGGGGAGAUCAUCGAGCCUUGGAUGGCCGUGAUAUUGAUGUCUGCAUUCGAGUUCGACCUCUGCUCCCACCGGAGAUGGCCCGGGGCUUCUUUCCCACCACCUUCGUCACCCGAAAUUGUUCCGUGCUAUCCCUGGAACCGCGAGUAGACGUCCGAGGCGCGCCCAGAGUCAAGGCCCACGAUUAUGAUGUGGAUUUUGCUUUUGGCCCCGAUCACAGUAACCAACACGUCUAUGACCACGUAACUCGCCCCUUGAUCGAGCGGGGUCUCAAAGGCGGGGUUUGCACGCUCUUGGCUUACGGACAAACUGGAUCCGGCAAGACUUUCACCAUCGAAGGGAUUCUUCGGAAACUUGGUCGUGAUUUGCUUCAAUCCAGUCGGGCACCUCCUUGGCUGACGGCUGAAAUGAACGAGAGUGUGCUUAAGCUUCACAUGGCCUUUUACGAGAUCCUCGGCCAUCGAGCCACCGACCUGAUGCAGGAAACCCGACCGGAUAUCACCAUCAUGGAGGAUAAGUUCGGACAAAUGAUCGUCAAAGAAGCCUCGGAGGUCCAAUUAAUCUCUGGUGAUCAGUUUGAAGCGGUAGUCGAUCGAGCCAUGUCUCAUCGUCGGACCAAGACCACCUUCAAGAACGAUACGUCAAGUCGAAGCCAUGCCGUUUGUGCCAUUCGCGUGGAGAAUACGGCCAUGCCUGCGGCUGAACAUGGUCGAAUUUUCGUGAUCGACUUAGCUGGAUCUGAGAGUGCCUCGGAUUCGCAAUUUCAUGAUCGGAGUUUGAUAAAAGAAACACAAAUGAUUAAUGCGUCUUUGAUGGCUCUGAAAGAGUGUAUCAGGAAUCGGGCUUUGUCCGCUCUAAAUCCGGACAAGUUCUAUCACAUUCCCUAUCGGAAUUCUAAGCUCACGUUGCUGCUCAAGGAUGCUUUGGAAGUCGAAUCCCAUCGACAAUGUAAGACGGUGGUGAUGGCUUGCGUAUCUCCGUCCUGUGGAGAUGUGGCCAUGACUCUCAACACCCUCCGAUAUGUCGCACCUAUUCGCGUCGGUCAAUCCAAUCGCGAGAAAAUCCCACCCAAUCCAAAAAAUCCGGCCAAUUGGAGUAAUUCUGAGCUGCGGCACUGGGUGGAGACGACCUCCAAAGGAUCAGUUAACCCAGAUAUCCUUUGCCCUUUUGAAAGCGGCCGCCAGAUCUUAAGACUAUCUGAAAUAGAUUUCCUUACUCGAGUUUUGGAAAGCAAUCCUAAGAUGGGAGAGAAGCGAGCCAAGGUUUUUUACGUGUCGUUAUGGAAGAAACUGAUUGAUUGCCGGACAGCUAUACGGAAACAAAAACUGAAAGCCAAGCCCCAGCGGAGUGGAUUCGAACCUUAUGACCUAGGGGAGGAGCUAGCUAAACAAGCGGCUGAACAAACAGAUGAACAAAUGAAACAAGAAAAUGAACGACGCUUCAAUGAAUUAAGAACUUUUCAUAUCAGGUCAUAAUCAUGACAUUGCCAAAUACGAAAACCUGUCUCAGCCACCACCUGAAGCCCGGAAACCGGAUCCUAGAAGUUGGUUGUGGUUUUGGGUCACUCACUCAAGAUCUAUCGAAUAUUUUCAAAGAGGUCACCUCCCUCGACAUCCUUGAUGCGUGCGUUGAAAAGACCAAGACCUUGAUGCGAAGUAAGACCAACGUGAGAAUUAUUCAAGGAGACGUUCUUCAUAUGCAAUUCGAGGCAAACUCUUUCGAUGCCAUCGUCUUGUGCCGCACACUCCAUUUUAUCGAAGAUAUUGAAGCGCUAUUUAGGCUUAUCAACAUAUGGCUCGCUCCAGGAGGUUGUGCUUACUUCAUUCACGCACCAUUAUUUAGUCUAUCCAAGAAUGACUUAUGUUCAGACGCUCAAAGUCUCGCCAUUGGAGAGGCCUUUCGCUCCUUUUGUGAUACCACUUUUCAAUCAACUAUUCAAAACUAUUGGUCAAAUCAGACUCAAGUCAACUUUAACAAGUAUUGCAAGCCCACAAGGAAUCCCUCGAAUGCCAUCUUUGAUGAUGCUAAUAGGAAAUGCGAGGAAGUUCGAAUACAGAGCAAACUGGCUCUACUCGACAUUUUAGAUGAGUUGAUGGAGCUACAAAUUGUGCACAUCUUCAUUCAGGAACAACCCCUCAACCGAACCACUUUGGCAGAUAAGAUCCUUGAAUUUCAAAGAGAAAUCUUGAGUAUUCUUCAUAGAGAUCCGUCAGAUCUGUAUUUUGAAGACAUACAAUUGAUAAAAACUUCGGUCUUUUUCAUAGAAAUAAAUACAAAACCUUUAUUCUAAACCACCUUAAAAGCAUUCUUCUCAUUGUGAGCACUACUGUUCUUUUUCAGA